CAUCUCAUUUAUGAAGAUGCCAAGCAAACACACAAGAUCAUCACGGCUGGAGAGAGAUGGGCGAAGAACCAUAUCGGACUCAAGAUCCUAACAGUUAUCAGAGAAAUGGAAGAAAAACAACUUGAGCAUUUCAGUCAUGAGGAACACCCUCUCAUCCUGUGUGAAUUGCAGAAGGAAAACGAUGACGGUAGUACUGAUCAAAAGUCAGCAGUCUGUUAUGGGUGUCAGGAGCAAAUCUUGGAUCCUGCGGCAUACUGCUGCUUCCGCUGUGAUUUCUUUCUCCACAAAAGAUGUGCGGAGCUUCCUCGACAAAUUAGGCAUCCGAUGCAUUCCCAGCAUGACUUAGUCCUCCAUGGGAAGUCACCUUAUUCCUGGGGUGGUUGUAUCUGUAGUGCGUGUGGCCAAUAUGAUUGGAAGGUUUUCACCUACCACUGUUCCUUGUGCGAAUUUGAUCUCGAUGUGUCGUGUGCUAUUUUGGAUCAGCGGGAAAUUAAGCUCAAUUGUCAUGACCACCCUCUUCGACAACUGAAAAAACCUGCUACUUUCUUGUGUAAUGCUUGCGAUAAGGUUGAAGAAGAUUCAUCUUAUCUGUGCACUAUUUGUCCAUUUUGGAUCCACAGAAAAUGCGCACUGCUACCAAGAACGGUGAAGCACAAGGAUCAUAAUCACUCACUCUUAUUGGCUUACUCUCUUCCGUCUGAGCACUGCAGUUUUCGACAACAAUGCUCUGUUUGUUGGAAAAAGGUACAUCUGAGUCGUUGGGUCUAUUAUUGCGGUCCUUGCAGAUACUUCGUCCAUAUCACAUGCGUUGUGAUCUCUCAAGAGGACGAAGGGAAGCUAAGUGAAGAUAUUGAAUAUAAUAUCUCAGGAGAACAAGAUCAAAAUGUGGUGAAACUACCAUCCAAUAAUGCGGCUCAAGAAUUGAUCGCCCGUUUUCUUCUCAAGGAAGAUGAGAUCAGUAGCAGUAAUGACUCAGGCGAAUCGAAUAUUCGAGAAAAUAUAUAUAUGGAUUCCCACUGGAAGCAUCCGCUUGUUCUUUCAGAGAAAGUACAAAACUUAGAUGAGAUAAAUAGUACUACUAGUGAUGAUCAGGAAGAAGCAAAAGCAUUGUUAGUAUGUGACAAGUGCAUUGAACCUAUUUGCUCAUCUGAUAAUCUUCACUACUAUGCUUGGGUCGAGUGCGGUUACUUUGUCCAUUUAACUUGUUCUAACCUCCCCCCUGAAUUGCACAUUCCAAAGCAUCCCCAGCACCCAUUCCCAUUGACAUAUAUUCAGAGUGCAGUUGGUCGUUUCAUAUGCGGGGCAUGUGGCCGGGAGACCAAUGCUAACUAUUAUAAUUGCAAACCUUGUGGACUAAGCAUUUGUAUCAAGUGUGCGAGUGCUAGCAUGAUCACGAGUAGUGUCAAACACGAUGGUCACAAGAAGCACCUCUUGGCUCAACUUCAAUGUUCAGAUCGCGUAUGUUGCACUACAUGCGACUAUAUAUAUAGAGGUGGUUUUGGGUUUGCUUGUGAGGAUUGCCAUUUCUAUGUGUGUUAUUACUGUGCUCUGCUGCCUCCUACAACCACGCAGAGAUGGGACAAGCACCUACUUCACCUGAUAUAUCCUCCGUAUUUCGAGCAUCCUGAGAAAUUCUACUGUGUGCUCUGUGAAAGAGAAAUCAACCCAAAUUGUUGGAUGUAUCACUGCCAUGAUUGCAACUACUCAUUGCAUCCAUCGUGCGUUCCUCAAGUUAAUUUGUUCAGACGUGUGAAAUAUGGACACUCCGUGAAUGUGAAUAAUCAUUCUCAUCCUCUCACUCAUGUUCCCGAAGCAAAAUACAAAUCCUUUUGUGGGAGCUGCAACAACAAGAGGUUGGAUUGGGAAGAGGCUUUCGAAUGCGAUUCGUGCAGAUUUUAUCUCUGCCCAAAUUGUGCCCGCCGAAGGGAAUUGCUGCCGUGUUGUAACCAUUAAUGAGUGACUAGGUGGUAACACCGCGCUACGCGCAGUGGUAUACAUGCCCAGUUAACGUUUAGCUAGUAAUAUAGGGGAGAAUGAAAAUUAGCAGCACAAAAUGGAGCUAUAUUAUAUAGGAAUAUGAGCGAAAAAUCAGUUGUACUGGAAAGGUGUAAUUAUACGGGCAUUGUAAAUAUGUAAAGCAAACAAAAUAAUAUAUCACCGUAUAAUGCUGCCUUACAUUUUUU